AUGCAGAACAACAGCCUGGUAAAGCUUCGCACCCAAACUCCACUGUACGGGCAGCUCGUGAUUGGACCGCCGGGAGCGGGCAAAACAAGCUAUUGUCAUAAAAUGCAAGCAUUCCUUGAAAAGAUAGGCCGUAAAGCGAUGGUGGUGAAUCUCGACCCAGCCAACGACAACAUGGAGUACACGAGUGCGGUCGACAUAAUGCAGCUAAUAACGGUGCAGGACGCAAUGGAACAGUUUGGGCUCGGUCCGAACGGAGCCCUCAUCUACUGCAUCGAGUUUCUCGAGACAAACUUUCAGUGGUUGUUGGAUCAGCUGAAAAGUCUCGACAGCAAUUACUUCAUCUUCGACUGCCCAGGACAGGUGGAACUGUUUACGCACAACAAUGCGCUAAAGAAUAUUUUCGCAAAGCUAGAUCAGUUAGGCUAUCAUCUCUGUACGGUACAUCUGGUAGAAUCACACUACUGCCUGGAGCCGUACAAAUUCAUUUCCUGUCUGUUGCUUUCCCUCCACACAAUGCUGCAGAUGGGAUUGCCGCACGUGAACGUACUUAGCAAGGCGGACCAGCUAAAGGAACAAGACUCGAAGCUUCCGUUCAAUGUGGAAUACUACACGGAAGUACUGGAUUUAAGCUAUCUGCUCGAAUGCAUGGAUACGAGCCGGUUGGGACAGAAAUUCAAACAACUUAACGCAGCGAUCGUUUCCAUGGUAGAGGAUUACAGUCUAGUGUCGUUCCUGCUGCUUGAUUCUAGGCGUGAGCAAAGCCUGCUUCGACUUAAAAAUGCAAUCGACAAAGCGAACGGUUAUGUAUACGGUGCUGGAGAAGAGAAAAACAUCAACACGCUGCUUGCGUGUGCCGUUGGGGCGGAAACAGAAUCUGACCGUAUGGAGCGUGACAUCGACCCUUACCUAAGCUAAUACAUAGCGCG